AGUCAGGAAGGAGGUACGCAUUAUCUUGCUCAUAGACACGCACAACUUAUCUUUCUUUGUCUAGCUAGUAGAGAGAAGUACUGUACGGCUCAGACUCAUCGCGAAGACGGCCUUGUUGCGAACCCGCACGACUUGGACGGCUCAACAUAUCGAGACACGACAAUAAGCAAUCACCAAGUCCAUCACUUACUGAUGUAAUGAAGCAAAAAAGGGUGCGAGAGAUACGCUGGAGAGUCCCACAUAAGAAAGCGAGCAAGCCACUCUACAAGCGCUGCAACGAAAGGACGACCUAUCUCGCUGCCUUUGCUCAGGCCAUCGUUAUGCCCUCCCUGCUCUUGCUCUGAGUCGGGCAUCAGAGACGUCUCCUGUAUCCUUGAGGGUGGAAGAUCAACUAGCCAUUUCAUCAGCGACAAGAUCGAUAUGAAGGAGUUUCGCUGAAGUGGACAAAGGGCGGCAAACAUGAAAGACCGCGAGUGAGCUUCGUGGGUAUGCGGCGGUGCACCUGAGGUGUUGGCAGGCUGAGCAGCGCCGCCCUGCAGACGAGAUGAGAGCCCCCAUCGUCAAGAUCCGUCACGAACUCACGACUGACCAAGGGUGAGGGGAGACUGAAACCCCAACGCUCUAUCACCUACAAACAACACGACCGCACAGCGGACAUAUGAACGUAUUGAGUGUCAGCUGCCUCACCUUCAGAGUUGCGGCGACAGUCACAGGUGGAUCGAGGCUUCCGAGCGCCCUCCCCUCGUCCGUCGCUAUGCGUAUCCUUUCCAUCUCAUCAGCCAACCUAUCACACACUGGAUCGGACGCCGUGUUCGUGGCCCCCAUGAGGAAGUCAGAUAAAUCAAACGAUGGAUGUGCACUGCCGCUCAUUUCUCCAUCGAGCUGCCGGCGGCGGAUAGUCUCGUAAACGAAGGACAUCAGCCACCAAAGCUCCUGCAGAGACGAGAAGGAAUGCCAGGCAAAUUUCGAGUCAGUCUUCUUUCACCGACCUACUUUUGGCAUCGGGUGCGGCGAUCCGCCUUUGGCUUUUCGACUCUCAUGCAGUGUUCCUGCUGGUGCGUCAGCUGCUGUCAAGUCUGCCAAUGGUAAACAGGCAGAUAUAUGUUUUCGUCUCAAGUGCCGGAGUCUGCCUUCUCACCUCCUAGUUGUGUCAAAUCUGGGUGUGACGAUGUGGCGCCUUCGGCCGAUGAUAUCGGAUGGGCCUUGAGCUCCAGAAGAUCCGGGACACCUAGACCAUAAAUCGAUGGCAGAAUUGCGGCGGAGACCGGAAGAUAGUAGUCCCGGCCGCUGUCCAACAUGCGGAACACCAAUGUCGUCUCACCCUGCACUGACAGUACAAACAGAAGUAUCGAUACUGUAUGUCUGUGCCUGCUGACCUCUUUAGGCUUGCUGAUUCCUUCACCGAUGCAAACAGUCAGUGUGACGUUUAGUCGACUGUUCCCCAUGACAACUCCUUCAGCUGGUAUCGCAUGGAUCCACCUGAACCGGAAGUCAUGAUACUGAGAUGAUUUAUCUGCUGCUAAAGUCACCUUUGCAGGGCCAUGGAUCUCUCCCUCACUUCCGCACUCCCGAAUGACCCUUUGCCCUCCAUGUCAGGUGCACAGGGAGGUGGGGGUAGUGACAAUGACGAGUUCGCCAAGGCCCAGGUAACGCUGGGACAAGGAGACUCGGUCGUCGACGCCAUCUCUUCGGGCACUCCGACAUUGUUGGGAGUUGUGGUUGCCGGAAGCAAGUGAUGCAGGUGGAAGGGCGAGUUGGCUGUGGGUGUCUUGUCCUGGAUCCGGGAGGAACGGUGGAGAGGUAGAAGCCGCUCGGGUGAAUCCGCCAGUGCAAGGAUGGUGAAGGCCGAUGGGAGGGGCCUGGGGUUGUGCAGUGUGAUGGUUUGAGAUAGGCAAUGGAAGGGGCGGACAGGCGGGAGAGCAAUGCUGCAGGGAUCGAGGCUCAGGAGAGAGGUGUGCUCGAAGGGCUCAGCCUGAUAGACAAGCAAAGACAUGAUGAAUGGCACCAGCUCAUGGGGUGGUUGUCCCGCUUGCGUCCCUGUUGUCCUCUGCUGAGGGCCUCAAGCCUACCUGCAGUGCUUCGAGCAGCGUGUUGUACAGUUGCCACAGACGAGGGCGAUCCAGCGUCGACGAACGAAGGAGGUAGCUCGCAUACACAGGCCUGGCAAAUGUGUCAGCAAGCACUGCCUCAGACAGAACCACGUGUGCUCUCUCUUCUUUCAGCACUGCCUCACCGAUGGUCCGAUUGUUUGACAUCUUUGAUGGUUCCGUAUUCCAGCCCCUUCAUUCCUCCCUUUCCCCCCUCGUGCCGCACCAGCACCCUGUCGCACCAGGCUGGACACCUUAUCUUCCCCGGACGCAUGUCGAAGUAGUUGCCCCACUCUUCAUACUUGUAUGUCGGAGGGAACCGCAACUGCAUCUCUUCGAAUCCAUCCAAUGGCCCGCCCCUUCCCUGUUUUUUGGCCCGUAUCAACUCAUCGUACUGCCAUAGGGACUCCCAUGCAUGGGGCUCGACGACCCACAAGUCCAGGGGCGCAGGAUCGGACCCAGUGAGUGGCGAUGUUGCAGACGGGAAGGGGGAAAGGACUCCAGAGGGCGGUUGGGAAGGAGAGCCCUGCCGAAGGUGAGUGGACUGAAUGGCUCUCAAUGCUUCCAACGGCUCGAGUGGGCGGGAGGAAGCUGCCUCUUGGCCGUCAUCCAAGGGACAGCCGUCACUCAAACGAAAGUUAAGGUCACCCAUAAACACCACAAUGUCGUGCUGAAGGCGCAAGACAGGAUGCACAACACACUCUGCCUGUCUUCGAGUGAGUUUGUCAUCACCUCCAAUAGCUUCCAUGUGCGCGGCUCUCCACUUGGUUCACUCACAAUAAACUGAAGCCGAUUUGCGAUGGUGCUGAUUUGCUGAAGGCGCCAUAUUUCCUCUUCCCUGCCAGUGCCAGACGCAAGAUGGGCGUCUACGAUGCACACAGACGUGUCGUGAAGGGUCAGACGAACACCAACAGCUCCUGACAGCAGGGGACAGGGAGAGACUGGGGAGCCCUCUGGCCCGUUACGCUUUUGUCUGUUUGCCUUACCUUUGUUCCCGCCCGCUCCAAGAAGCCCCACGCCCACGCACGCGUCACUCACGUGACCGACGGUUUUGUCCGACAUGAGGCGCCGGCGGGCAAACACGAGCAACAGGAGGCCGACCAGCCGUUUGCUCCUGACUAGCACAAGUUCAUUGUGUGUGUCGAUGGGGCUCGCAUGGCUGGAACUGGCGAGACUUUCGACGACCCAUUGAGUCCAGGCCUGGAUGAAAGGCAAAGCAGAGUCAACACGCAGGAUGGGGACGUCUUUCGUGUGACCUGUUCGUACUCGUCCACGUCGACGAGCAUGUUUAGGGCAUUCAACUCGCAGAUCUCCUGCAGACUGAACGAAACGAAUGAUAACAUACUGCCCUGCCCAGGCUGCACGAGAUCUCUGUCAAGGGUGUCAAGCUGCUCACCCGACGACCACUAUGUCUGCAGCAGGGUCCACAUCUUCAAUGCGAAAUGCGCUGUGACUCUGAGCACGAGCACGCACAAACAUCAGUCGUGCAACCGGUCAUCAUCCCCUAGACUUUCGCACCUUUGGCAUCGCGGCUCCAGCAUUGUAGGUCAGCGCCAGCAGCCGAUAGUGGAGUGACGUUGUGAACUCGGCUGCCUUGGUUUGCAGGGCUUGCUUCAAGAUGCGCACUCUGCCGGCUGGAAGGGAGGAGGGGAUGGUAAUGGGCAUAAGCGGAAAGCUCUCUACUGCGUCCUGUUUCUGCAUGGCGCCA